GGGGAGGCGGGAGGAGGAGACACCAGGAGUGGCCCAGAGUGCCUGAGACUCCUUGCUCCGGCUAUAAAUUGAGCACCUGGUAUGGGUAGGGGGCCAACUCAAACCAUCAGCACUCUCAGUUACUGUCCGGCCACUGACCGCAGCAGCGUCCGUGGGUAGCAGUCGCCGGCAGCUAGCACUCUGAGGUGCUCGGAGCGGAGAAUCGCGGGGCACCGGAGGAGGCCAGACGGAGCUCGGUCUAGGACCACCCACCAGCGUCGCGAGCUUCCGGACGCCCGAGCCUCUGGUAGCUGCACAUCCCCCAAAGCCGGGUACCGAGCGAGACCAGAGUUGGAGCCGGCGAACCAGGAGCUGGAAUCCCGCGGCUCCGACUAGAACCAGGACCCCUGACGCGGGCCCUGGGGAGCGUGUGAAGGCGGUGAAGCCCUCGUCACAGCCUAAGGUUCCUGUGUCCCUGCGCGCCCACGGCCACCAUGAUGCAGAUCUGUGACACCUACAACCAGAAACACUCGCUCUUUAACGCCAUGAAUCGCUUCAUCGGCGCCGUGAACAACAUGGACCAGACGGUAAUGGUGCCCAGCCUGCUGCGCGACGUGCCUCUGGCCGAGCCCGGGCUCGACAACGACGUCGGGGUGGAGGUGGGCGGCGGCGGCGGCUGCCUGGAGGAGCGCACGCCGCCAGCCCCGGGCCCGGGCAGCGCCCAGAGCAGCUUCUUCGCGCCCUCGCGGGACAUGUACAGCCACUACAUGCUGCUCAAGUCCAUCCGCAACGAUAUCGAGUGGGGGGUCCUGCACCAGCCGCCGCCGGCGGCCGGCAGCGAGGAGGGCAAUGCCUGGAAGUCCAAGGACAUCCUGGUGGACCUGAGCCACCUGGAGGGCGCGGACGGGGGCGAGGAGGACCUGGAGCGGCAGUUCCACUACCACCUGCGGGGGCUGCACAUGGUGCUCUCCAAACUCACACGCAAAGCCAACAUCCUCACCAAUCGAUACAAACAGGAGAUCGGCUUUAGCAACUGGGGCCACUGAGGCGGGGCGCCCGCGGCUGCCCAGGCCCUCCCCAGCCCUGCCUCUCACCUUCUCUCUUUUCUUCCUGGCUGCGGGGCGCGAAGGGCGGCCGGCAAGGUCGGGGGAGUGCUGGCGUGCUGAGGACUCAGCGGGGCUGCGUGCAGGAGGGGAUUCUGUAGGGAGAAGGAAGCCAUGGCGGAAGAGGGGAGGUUCAAAGUACCCCACCCCUUCCCU